UCGAAUCGAGCGGACGUCGCGAAUGUUGUGCGGCUAAAUGUCAAAUUAGUGCAAAAUGUGGCUAAAACGUGUGCGAUAAAAGCAAAUUACGCGUAAAUACCAUAAAGAGGAAAUUAUAAAAUUACAACACAACAACAACAACAUCAACAUCAUCAUCAAGUGCAGUAUCUGUGUGUGCGCGUGUGUGUGAGUGUGUUGCUGUUUAUUUGUGUAUUUGUGUGCGUUUGCAACAGAUGCUGCCAACGUUACAAUCUAAGUGUGUUUUGUUGUUGUUGCGCAAAGACAACAACAACAGAAACAUCAACAACAACAACAACAACAACAACAUUUUAAUCAACGACAACAACGACGCCUAAACUAGAGCGAGAGUUUACUACGAUACGCUAAAGCGAGAGAGAGAGAAUACAUACGUCAUCACACAACUGAGAGCACAACAACAACAAUUCCAACAACUGCAAUUACAACAACAACAACAUCAGCAACAUGUUCAAGUGCAUUCCAAUUUUCAAGGGCUGCAACAGGCAGGUGGAAUUCGUUGAUAAACGUCACUGUUCGCUGCCCCAAGUGCCCGAGGAAAUUUUACGCUACUCGCGCACCCUUGAAGAGCUUUUCCUCGAUGCGAAUCACAUACGGGAUUUGCCAAAGAAUUUCUUCAGAUUGCAUCGCCUGAGAAAAUUGGGACUGAGUGACAAUGAAAUUGGACGUUUGCCGCCGGAUAUACAAAACUUUGAAAAUCUUGUUGAGCUUGAUGUUUCACGAAACGACAUACCCGACAUUCCCGAUGACAUUAAGCAUCUGCAGAGCCUGCAGGUGGCCGACUUUAGCUCCAAUCCCAUACCCAAACUGCCCGCAGGCUUUUCGCAGCUGAAGAACCUCACCAUACUUGGCUUGAAUGACAUGUCACUCACUACGCUGCCCGCUGACUUUGGCUGUCUUACCCAAUUGGAGUCGCUGGAGUUGCGCGAAAAUCUGCUGAAGCAUCUGCCUGAGACAAUUAGUCAGCUUACCAAGCUGAAACGCUUGGACUUGGGCGACAAUGAAAUUGAAGAAUUGCCACCAUAUCUGGGCUAUUUGCCGGGACUGCAUGAACUUUGGCUGGAUCACAAUCAGCUGCAGCGACUGCCGCCAGAGCUGGGACUGCUUACAAAGCUCACAUAUUUGGAUGUAUCCGAGAAUCGCUUAGAGGAGCUGCCCAAUGAGCUGGGCGGACUGGUGAGCUUAACUGAUUUGGAUUUAGCACAGAAUCUGCUCGAAACGCUGCCCGAUGGCAUUGCUAAGCUAAGUCGUUUAACUAUAUUGAAGCUGGAUCAGAAUCGUUUGCAGCGUCUAAACGAUUCGCUGGGCAACUGCGAUAAUAUGCAGGAGCUUAUACUUACAGAGAACUUUCUUUCCGAGCUGCCUGCGUCGAUUGGACGCAUGACCAAGUUGAGCAAUUUGAAUGUGGAUCGCAAUGCGCUGGAGUAUUUGCCGCUUGAGAUUGGCCAAUGCGCCAAUCUGGGCGUGCUCAGUUUGCGCGACAACAAGCUAAAGAAACUGCCACCAGAGCUGGGCAACUGCUCUGUGCUGCAUGUGCUCGAUGUGAGCGGCAAUCAGCUGCUCUAUUUGCCCUACUCACUGGUCAAUCUGCAACUCAAAGCUGUUUGGCUGUCCGAGAAUCAAUCGCAGCCGCUGUUAACCUUCCAGCCAGAUACAGAUGCCGAGACGGGCGAACAGGUGCUCUCCUGUUACCUGCUGCCCCAGCAGGAAUACCAGCCUAUAACGCCAGAUUAUCCAGCGCAGACGCUUUAUAGAUCAAGCGAAAAGUUCGAUUCAAUGGAUUUCUUCAGUUAUCAGCAAAAAGCACGCGAUUUGGAAUCCGAUUCGGAGCCCUAUGAGGAGCGUGAGCCAUCGCGCACUGUUGUCAAGUUCUCGGAGGAUGCCACACAGGAGAAGGAUACGCCAUUUGUGCGCCAAAAUACGCCGCAUCCGAAGGAUCUGAAGGCCAAGGCGCAGAAACUGAAAGUGGAGCGCAGUCGUCAUGAGGAGCAUGUCAAUUUGGUGGCACUGGCCGAGGAGAAUGGCACCAAAACAGUCGAGACAGUAACCCCCACCGAGACACGCACCAUAGCGAAUAAUCAGCAGCCGGCAGCAGUAGCUGUGACAGCAACCAAUAAUGUGCAGCAGACGCACAAACCAGUUGUUGUGGAAGCGCUACAAGCUGUAAACAGCAGCGAGCAGACAAGCGCUGUAGCUGCGGAAGCUGCAGCAGCUGAAGAACAAGAAGAUGAAUAUGAAACUGAUCGACGCGUUGGCUUUCAAGUUGAAGGCGAAGAUGAUGAUUUCUAUAAGCGACCGCCCAAGCUGCACAGACGUGAUACACCGCAUCAUUUGAAAAACAAGCGUGUGCAGCAUUUAACCGAUAAGCAGGCAAAUGAAUUGGUCUGCAAUGCUUUGGCCAAUCCAGAGGCGGCUAAUGAGCCAACAACGCCGCAGCACAAAGUGCAGUCACCCAUAGAAGAGAAUGAAGAUGAAGAGCAGCUAGAGCAGGAACAGCAACAGCAGCAACAGCAACGUCCAUUUGAUAGCUCACUUUCGCCUAUAGCAGUUACAGUUGUUGAGCCAACAGCAGCAACAGCAACAACAGCAGCGGAUAACAUUGAUGGGGUGACCGAGCUGCGCUUGGAGCAGUACGAAAUACACAUUGAACGCACUUCAGCGGGGCUAGGACUAAGCAUUGCUGGCGGCAAGGGCUCCACGCCCUUUAAAGGCGAUGAUGAUGGCAUUUUUAUAUCACGUGUAACCGAAGCGGGUCCAGCUGAUCUAGCGGGUCUCAAAGUGGGCGACAAGGUGCUCAAAGUCAAUGGCAUUGUUGUAGUCGAUGCGGAUCAUUAUCAAGCAGUGCAGGUGCUCAAAGCUUGCGGUGCUGUGCUGGUGCUAGUGGUGCAGCGUGAGGUCACCAGACUAAUUGGACAUCCAGUGUUUAGUGAGGAUGGCAGCGUGUCCCAAAUUUCAGUGGAAACGCGUCCACUUGCAGCUCCAGCUCCAGAGCUGCCGCCGCAAAGUUAUGCGCCCAUGACUAUGCCCACGCCCAUGCCUGUGCCUGUGUCUGAGCCAGCGCAUGGCUAUGUAUUUGCCACGCCCACAGCAGCGCCUACAAUGCCUAAUGGUUUGCUGCUAGAGAAUGGCAAGGAUGCUUUGCCUUUGAGCUUCAUACAGCUGCACACAACUUUAAUACGCGAUCAAAUUGGCCAAGGUUUGGGCUUUAGCAUUGCAGGCGGCAAAGGCUCGCCGCCAUUCAAGGACGACUGCGAUGGCAUUUUUAUAUCACGCAUUACCGAAGGCGGUCUAGCGCAUCGCGAUGGCAAAAUUAUGGUUGGCGAUCGUGUUAUGGCUAUCAAUGGCAAUGACAUGACUGAGGCGCAUCAUGAUGCAGCUGUUGCUUGUCUAACUGAGCCGCAGCGCUUUGUGCGUUUGGUGCUGCAGCGCGAAUAUCGCGGGCCACUGGAGCCGCCCACAAGUCCGCGCAGUCCCGCUGUGCUCAACUCGUUGAGCCCCUCUGGCUAUUUAGCCAAUCGACCAGCAAACUUUAAGCGCUCAGCUGGCGACAUAACUGCAGCUGAGCAGCCUUACAAGUACAGCACAUUGGCUGCCACCACGCCCAGCACACAGCCCACAAUCGUUGCUAACAACAACAACAACAACACGCUGCCUAGCAAUAAAACAAAUGGCUUUGCUGCUGCUGCUGCGACUGCUGCGCCCAUAGACAAGUCUACGGGUCAGCCAGUGCCUGCACCACGUCGCACCAAUUCGAUGCCACUUGGCGAUGGCGAUGGCUCCACUGUAAAUGGCGCUGCUUCUAGCGCUGGCAGCGCUGAUUCCAAUGAGGCGCAGCCUUCAUCGUUGCGACCACUGACCAGCGAUGAUUUUCAAGCGAUGAUACCAGCGCAUUUUCUGAGCGGCGGCAGUCAGCAUCAGGUGCAUGUGGCGCGCCCCAACGAGACGGGCGUCAGUGCUGUCACCGUGAAUGUGAACAAGCCCGAGCCCGAUCUGCCCAUGUUCCCAGCAGCGCCCACCGAACUGGGCCGCGUUACCGAGACCAUAACAAAGUCAACGUUCACCGAAACUGUGAUGACGCGCAUUACCGACAAUCAGCUGGCGGAGCCAUUGAUCAGUGAGGAGGUGGUGCUGCCCAAGAAUCAAGGCUCGCUUGGCUUUAGCAUCAUAGGCGGCACGGAUCACUCCUGCGUGCCCUUUGGCACUCGCGAGCCUGGAAUAUUUAUAUCACAUAUUGUGCCCGGUGGCAUUGCCUCAAAAUGCGGCAAGCUGCGCAUGGGCGAUCGCAUACUGAAAGUGAAUGAUGCGGAUGUUUCCAAGGCCACACAUCAGGAUGCAGUGCUGGAGCUGCUGAAGCCUGGCGAUGAAAUCAGGCUGACCAUACAGCAUGAUCCGCUACCGCCAGGUUUUCAACACAUAGAAGUAGUUUAUGUAGUUACCGAGGAGAUACUGCUGUCCAAGGCUGAGAACGAGCGUCUGGGCAUGCACAUUAAGGGUGGGCUGAAUGGCCAGCGCGGUAAUCCCAUCGAUCCAUCGGAUGAGGGCGUUUUUGUAUCCAAAAUCAAUUCGGUGGGCGCUGCGCGUCGCGAUGGACGCCUCAAGGUGGGCAUGCGUCUGCUGGAGGUGAACGGCCAUUCGCUGCUGGGUGCCGCACAUCAGGAUGCGGUCAACGUUUUGCGCAAUGCUGGCAAUGAAAUUCAAUUGGUCGUUUGCAAGGGCUACGACAAAUCGAGCUUAAUGCAUUCCAUUGGCCAAGCGGGCGGCAUGAGCACAGGUUUCAAUUCGUCUGCAUCCUGCAGCGGCGGCAGUCGUCAAGGUUCGCGUGCUUCCGAAACAGGCUCGGAGCUGAGUCAGAGUCAAAGCGUUUCCAGUUUGGAUCAUGAUGAGGAGGAGCGUCUGCGUCAGGAAUUUGAUGUGUUUGCCACGCAGCCAACAUCCACAGCUGGCACACCCGAGCCCACCAGCCAAUCUGGCCUAGCAGCUGCUGCCGCACUGGUGCAUGGCGCGCCCUCGCCCACGCCCCCAGCAACUAUAACAAGCAUUCCAGCCAGCACAGUUUCAGUUUCAGCGCCUGCAGCUGAUUUAGCAGACUCCACAGCUGCCGCACAGACCGUGGCGCUUAUCCAUGCAGAACAGCAGCAACAGUCGCAGCAGCAGCAGCAGCAGCAGUUGGCCACCAUUGGGCAGGAGAAGAGCACACAGGAAAAGGUGCUGGAAAUUGUGCGUGCCGCGGAUGCGUUUACCAGCGUGCCACCCAAGUCGCCAGCGGAGCAUCAUGAGCAGGACAAGAUACAAAAGACAACGACGGUUGUUAUAUCGAAGCAUACGCUCGAUACAAAUCCAACGACGCCCACAACACCAGCCGCACCCGCCUCAAUUGGCAGCACAGCGACCCCGGAGCCAUUGACCGCAGCAGCGCCAGCUCCAGCUCCAGCCCAAACCCAGUCGAAUGCUCAGCAGCAGCGCGGCACACAGACGCCGGAACGCUUGGCGCCAGGAUCACGCAACAGCUACCAGCAAAUGCUAGCGGCGCAGGAAGAAGCGCCGCCUGCAAUGCCCAAGAAGGCGCAGCCAGUUUACAUUAUAGACGACGAAGAAGAGGAUGAGGAGGAAGUGGAUUCUACGCCGCCGCUCGAAUUGGCAUCGCCGCCUUCCUAUGCAGACACAGACUCCGACUGCUUUGAGCGCUCACGCGGGCGCUACCCAAGCGACUCUGAAAGCGACAGUCGCGCCUACAAACCAACACGCUCGGGACGCAGCACGCCCGAGUACAGCCGCACGCAUCGCAAGAGCGUAAGCUUCGAUCUGAGCGGCGACGAUGAGCACAGCAAGUCGGACUAUGAACGCUCGCGCUCACGCACGCCCGAACGCUUUGCACGCGCCUACGACUCGGAGCAGGAAACGCGCAGCAGUCGCUUGCCACGCAAGGGAAUUUUACGUGCCACAAGUCCGAGUCCCAAUGCAACGCUAGAUCGGCCGCUUAUAGUGCGCGCCAGAGAAGUUGAGUCGCCGCAGCAAGUGGCGCGUGUAUCACGCGCUACUUCGCCUGAGCGUCCUGGUGGCGAGCUGGAGCGCGAUAAUCCCUUCAAUCAAAUGAGCGCUGAGGACGAUGAUGAGUACACACGCAUAGCCAAGCAGCUGAACAGAUCGCCGCGUGAAAAGUUCUUUAGCGAGUCCAGCGGCUGCAGCACGCCCAGCACAGUGAUAAGCAAAUCCACUGAGAGUCUAAGCGGCGCCAGACCCAAAGUGCCGCCCAAGCCGCUGCAGCUAAAGAAAGCGGAUCUAGUGCGCAAUGUGGCGCUUGAAAGUUUUCAGGCGAGCGAUGUGGGUCAGGGCGACUUUACAGUGUUUGAACAUGACGCCAGCACCAACACGAUACACCCACUGGGUGGUGUGAGGCUGCCAGUGCGCGUGCUGAAUCCACGUCCACGUGAGAGUCCGCCACCGCCGCCUGUGAACUACGCCACAUUGCCCAAGUCGCCGCUGAGCCGCACGCCUGAGCCGCCAGAGUCGCUUUAUAUGGAAGCGCUGCCGCCGCCAGCGCAGCGUCGUCCACACGACUUUCAGCAUGAGAACUCGCCGGAUAAUAUUCUGGUUACCGCCGAGCAGCAUCGCGACUUUUUGCUGCGCGAGAACGAAAUGCGCAAUCAGCUGCGUGCGCCGGCAGAUCCUGCACCACCCGUGCCCAACAGCUUUGGGGUAAACAAUCCAUUCCUAGACUGUUGCGACAGCGACAUUGACAGCCUGCCACUGCCACCACCACCACCCAGCAGCACUCCCCCACAGCGCCACAGCAUGCCACCACCACCAUCUGAAACACUCAAUGAUAACCACACUAACGCAUCAACUACAUCUUAUACUCCUCCCACUUAUGCUACGCCGGAACAGCCGCUGCUGCUGGGCCCAGCGACGCCAGCGCAAAUCUUUCCCACCGCCCAAAUACUGCCCGUGCAGUAUGCGAGCUUGCCACAACCACAGCAGCCUAAUAAACUAACACUGAGUGGUGCAGCAGCCGCCAGCGCUCAGCCCAUUUUCAAUCUGCUGCUGCUGCCCGCAGCGAGCGCAGGCGACACGCAGUCGAGUUCAUCUGCUUUGCUUUAUCUAACGCCCACAACAGCAACAUCAACAUCAACAUCAACUGCAACGUUAACGCUGUCAAGCGACAAUGCCAAGUCGCCAACUACAACUAAAGUGCCUAAAUCGGUAUCCGAUAAAAAACGUUUCUUUGAGUCCGCCAUGGAGGAUCAGCAUAAGCCCACACAAAAGACAGAGAAAGUUUUUUCAUUCCUGUCAAAGGAUGAAGUCGAGAAGUUGCAUCAAGAGGAGGAGAAGAAAAUUGCAACGCUGCGUCGUGAUAAGAAAUCCAGAUUAUUGGAUGCCGCCAAUGACAACAUCGACAAGCAGCAGCAGCAGCAGCACGACGACGCCGAUAGGCAACAUGAUAGCGUUGACAAUAGCAACAGCAACAGCCAGAGCCGCAGCCGGAGCCAAAGCAACAGUAGCGAUGCUGAAAGCGAGGUUGAGCAACUGAAGGAUGUCGUUGACAAUAUUGUUGUUGUUGGCUUGACGCAAUACGAUGAUGCGGAGGACCUUAGAACCGCACAAAGUCAAGCGCAGACGACACACGCGCCUAGCAAAAUACCCAAGCAACAGAAGCAGCCAGCAACGUUGAAGGCCACGACGCCUGCAAGUGAAAGCCCCAAGCCCUCGCUGCUGCCAAAGCCAAAGGUCAAAGUGGUAAUGCCGCCAGCGCUGCAGCAGCGUCUCAUGCAGCAGCAGCAGCAGCAGCAACAGCCCGAGGAGCCCAGCAUACCCGAGGAGGAGCUGCAGUCCAUGGGCAGUCGCAUACCCGUGCGCACAUUGAAAGCUGAGCGACGCGCGCUGGCCGCUGCGGCGCGUCAAGCGGGCCUAACUGUCGAGCAGUAUGUCGAGCAGCAGCAGCAGCAGCUGCUGGAGGCGGAACCAACCACGCCCAGCACCACACCCACAGGCAAGAGCCGCGCCAUGAUUAACGCUGAGAAACGCGCUUCAUGGCGCGCCGCUCGUUUGCGUUCGCUGGAGCAAGGCGCAGUUGAAGCGCAGGAUGUGAUCAGAAACAUGCGCAAGGUCAACGAUGAUCUGAUUGCGCACGAGUCCUCCGCGCACACUGAGCCAAAGAUAGUCUUUCCCAAAAUUGCCAUUAAAUCUAGCGACGGUCCGAUUAUAGUGCGUGAGCGCGAAAAGAUACUCGAUGAGAAAAUUGUGCGUCGCACUGAGGAGAUAGCAGAUCCUAUCACGGGUUUGCCUCAAUUGCGCACCGUUGAGUACAUUGAGAAAAUCAUCGAAACGGAGGUGGAGACCUGCAAGGAGCGCAUUAUAUCCUUGGAGCUGCAAGCGCCCGAGCCGGACGAGGGCGGCACAUUGGACGACACACAGCCGCCGCUGGAGCUGCAUGCAGAUGACGAUGACGAUGACUUUGACAAUGAUGACUACGAUGAUUAUGAUGAUGAGGAGGAGGAGGAGGACACCGCCUCGAUUGUUACGGUGCAGGCGAACAGCGAGAAACUAUUUCUGCGUGCCGACUCGGAUGGCUAUGGGCCCUCAUCGAUUGAGAGCGUCUCGUCGUCGGGCAAGGUGCGCAUCAAGCCCGCAGCGUUGAGCAUGCAUCAGACGCUGGCCAAGGAGACGACCAUAGUGGAGGUGCUGAAUCCAGUGAUUGGCGGCGACGGCAGCGCGCGCACUAUACAAGUGAGUGGCAUAUCCUUUGAGGAUGACUAUGAACUGGGCGAAGGCGGCAGCGCAGUGCUGCGCAGCGAAACUUUUGUGCUGCCAAGCGGCAGCAAGAAGUCCGAGUUGUCGCUAAAUGCCAAAAUGAAGAAUGUGCUUGAGGAGCUGCUGGAGAACGAGCGCGUCAAAUUGAAUUUGCAAAAGAGUCUCGAGGAGCAUAGCGAGGACGAAGAGGAGGAGGAGGGCAGCAGCGCCUAUGGCGAUGCGCGUGACGACGACGAAAGCGCCUAUGGCGAUGCCAUGGACGAUGUCGUUGACUUUGCCACUGAAGUGCAGGUCGAUGCUAAAAAUGGUAAUCAGCAGCUGCUCGAUGCGCUCAGAGCCGACAGCAAUCGCAAUACAAUUAUGGCCAACUUGGUGCAUAAAUUGGCAGCCAGCGACAACGAGGAGGAGGAGGAGGAGGAUGAAGAGGAGAGCAGCAGCGACUCUGACGACUCGGACAGCGAUGACUCUGACGAUGAGGAGCAGCAGGCAUUGAAUGUGACCUAUGUGCAAGGCGCGCAGGUUAUUGAGAAUCUCAACACAGCAGCCGACGCCGCUGCCGCUACCGCUUCAACGGGCGGCAGCAAGCUACAAAAGUCACAGACCUACAAUACAAUGAAACAGGCAGCGAGCGCAGCUGAGGAGCAAGUGGAGGCAGCUGCUGCUGCUUGCGAUACGCUGGCGCAGCUGCAGGCUGAGCAGCGUGCGCUGGCCGAGAUCUCAAAGCAGCUGCGCAAGUCUGUUGAGGAUUUGCUUAGCACCGAGCAGGCCGAAACGGUAGUGGAGCGCACCUAUCAGUUGCCCGCUGCCAGCGAUAGCAACGCUAUAGUCACCGUUACAGAGGUGGUCAAGAAGAAGAAGAGCAAGCAGCCACGCGCGGAGGAGUCAGGUGAAGUUAUAUUCAAUCGCUUGCUCAGCGCUGGCGACUCCACGCGUCAAAUCUUUGAUCAGCAGCGUGGCGAGACCAUCACAACCACCACAACAACCACAGAGGCGCUGCCCACAGAGCCGACGCUGGCGGGUGAGCCCAGCACUAGCGUCGUCACCACCACGCGCACAGUCUCCAACAUUGUGACCAGCGGCAUACCCAGACUGGAGACAACGACCACAAAGCAAACGACGCGCAGCAAUAACAGCAACAACAACAACAAUAGCGGCAGCAAUCGCGGCAAGAACAAGCGCAAGGGAAAAAAGAAAUAAAUAUUGCGCAUACGCCGCGUCGCGUCGCGUGCUCGGUAUGUCACUAAAGUCAUAUGAAUUCUCGCAUAUACAUACCACACUACUCUAAUAUUAGUUAUGCUUACACACACACACACACACACACACCCAUGUAUGUAUGUAUAUUAUGUAUGUAUGUAAAGCUAAUUAAAAACAAUUAAUCGUGCAAAUAACUUGUUGUUGCAUUUACAUGAGAAAAUAAAAAACUCAUUUGUUACUAAUCCUGCCGAUGUGCGCCGCAGCUGCAAUAAAAAAAACGCAACUAAAAAAAAUGCAAUUACAAAUAUUUGCAUUGUAAAUUAUAAGCCCAGAGCAAGCAUUUAACAACAUUUAAUUUUCAACAGCAAAAAGGUUUUUUUUAAAAACAACAAAUGUUAAUUAAUAUCACCCCCGCUAUGCGCUGCCAAGCAAAAAUCUUAUUUAAUUGAUUAAAUAAUUUCAUUUUGUUUUGCCAUCUAAUGUUGCAUUUUCAUUAAGCCCGCAGUUUGGCUAAAUCAAAAAUUCAAUUUAAUCAAUGCCCAACUUAUUUAUGCUUUUGUUUUUAGCACAAAAAAUAAUUAAAACAAACUCGCGCGCGCCUAUUCCCGCCCCGACUUGAAGUCUAAAGUAUUUAGCGCAGCUACGAAGCAUUCCGAAUCCCCAAGCUGGGGGUAAAACACAUACACACACAUACAUAGCUCUAAGACACACAAACUUGUAGUUACAAAUGGCAAUUAAAUAUAUACGCGAGCUUUUAGCACAGCAACAAUUUAUAAUAUAUCUAUAGUAGUGCAGUUUUUAAAUCUCGAUUUAAAUUUAAAAUUGUAUAAAUACAAGCAACUAUGAUCUUUAGUACGUAAGCAAGGCAAGUGAACAUUUUUUAUAUAAAAUAACAAACGACAAUGUAAUAAACAAAAACAAUUCAUUUUA